AUGACCGAAGCUGUCCCGAAACAAAACUCCGCUCAGGACGAGCGCAAUUCGGUAGAGCAGAUUGUCGCGACGAAAGCAUAUGAAAAGAACCCUGAGCUACUGCCGUGGUAUACCAAAGAGCUUGAGGAGCCGAGUUCCGCAACGAGAGAUCUUUUUGAGAAAUACAGCAAGAUACCACCGGCGAAUGUAAUCACUCAUAUCAAACGUGUGAGAGAUGACGCGUUUAUGGUUUUCCCGUACCCGUGCCUCGGAAACUGGGGCUUCUUGAACUUUUCGAUUGGGGUGAACCCAGCCUACCAGGAAGUCCUCAACCGGAUCAAGAACGGGGAGCAGUUCCUCGACCUGGGGUGCUGUAUGGGCCAAGACAUCCGCAAGCUCGUGCAUGAUGGUGCCCCCUCCAAACAUACGUACGCGUCCGAUCUCAAAAAGGAUUUCUGGGGCUUCGGGUAUGACAUGUUUUUGGACAAGUCAACUCUACAGACGCAGUUCAUCGAUGCCGAUAUCUUCGAUGUCGACUCUGAGUUGAAGCAGAUAGAUGGCAAGAUCGACAUCAUCAAUGCCGCCUCGUUCUUUCACCUGUUCGACUGGGACGGGCAGAUGAAGGCAGCCAAGCGUGUCGUUCAGUUGUUAAAGCCAAUGCCUGGAAGCCUCAUUGUUGGAAGACAAGGCGGUAAGCCUGAAGCUGGCAGUUUUGCACAUAUCAAGAAGGAAAUGACUGCUUUCUGGCAUAACCCUGAGUCCUGGGCAAAGAUGUGGAAGCAGGUCGGGGAGGAGACGGGAACAGUAUGGAAGGCUGAAGCUGUGCUUGGCGCCGAAGACCUAUCAAAGAGGAUGAAGACCAACCUUGUGCCUGCUGGUACGAGAUUCAUGACCUUUACUGUUCGUAGGGUGUAG